AUGGCUCGACGUAGUGCUCCUCUAUUGGUUUCAAGUAAAGCAGAAAGCCAGCUUGCUGUCUCUUCUGUUGAUAAUAAGCAAGCCCAAAACAGUCGUUCUGCUGCAGCAGUCUACGAUGUAGCCGACACAACGCUCCGCAGCCGACGCGCUGGUGUACCUGCCCGACGCGAUUGCCAGCCUAACUCAAAGAAGCUCACCAAGCCAGAGGAGAAUGUGGUAUUGCGCGCGGCGCUGGCCAGGUUGGCGUCCACUGGCCGCGCAACCUUGUCAAGCGUACAGAUAGGCUUACGACACGUUUUAAUGGAGCGUACGAUAGGCAAGGAGCUAUUUACAAAGGCCAAGUACGGUAUCGGUGAUGAGGACGUCUACAACUUUGAUGAAGCCGACUUAAUGAUGGGCAAGAUCACGACUCAGCUUGUUAUGACAAACGUAGAGAGGAGAGGCAUACUGAAAGCUGUCGAGCCAAGCAAUCGUGAGUGGGUGACGCUGAUCGCAGUGAUUAACGCAGCUGGCUAG